GAGUCAAACAUGAUAUGAGCAGCAGAGUUUUUUGCAAUUACUUUUCACACAACCAGUAGCUUGCAUUAUGAGCCGAAAAUUCAGUGCUGACCAGUUCUCUUUGUCGACUGAGCUUGGCAGGGGGGCAUUUGGUGUCGUGUACUUAGCUCAAGACCGUGUCACACACAGACAAGUUGCUGUCAAGCAAAUCGACCUUGAGUCUACACAAGAUUUGUCAGAGAUACAACAGGAGAUUUUGAUGCUUUCGACAUGUCAUCAUAAAAAUAUCACACAAUAUUAUGGGUGUUUUAUGAAAGGCUACAAGCUUUGGAUUAUCAUGGAAUAUCUGGGUGCUGGUUCUUGUUCAGAUUUACUAACAGCAGGUCCUUUCAGUGAACAGGUAAUAAGCUACAUAGUUGGAAGAGUUCUAAACGCUUUACUUUAUUUGCACGACAAUGGGAAAAUACACAGGGAUAUAAAAGCAGCAAAUAUACUAAUAGGCUUGAAUGGGGAAGUGAAGCUUGCCGAUUUUGGAGUUGCAACCCAACUAUCAAAUAAUCUCAGCAAACGUUUAACUUUUGUUGGAACACCAUAUUGGAUGGCACCUGAGAUUAUCAAGCAGGAGGAAUACAGCUUUAAGGCUGAUGUAUGGAGUCUAGGAAUAACUGCUAUUGAGAUGGCAUAUGGAAAACCUCCUUUGACCGAAUUUGAUCCGAUGCGAGUGUUAUUCAGAAUAACAGAGGGACCACCUCCAUCUUUAGAUUCUAGUUUUUCAGAAUCUUUCAAAGACUUUACAGACAAAUGCUUGAUUAAAGACCCCGCAAAACGUUUGAGUGUCAAAGAUUUAUUAAAACAUCCCUUUAUAAAAGUGGGAGAGAAAACAAAUAGUAAAGAGAUUCGAGUCUUGCUGGAAAGGAAAUGGAAGUGGGACCUGGAAUCCGGGAACAUCUCAAAACCAUACUAUACCCCUACAGAAAAAAAUGAAUCAAGUCUUGCAUGGAAUUUGACGUUCAAAAAUGACACUGUAAAGCACAUUACAGAGUCAGUGAAGAAUAUAGACAUUGUCCCACAGAGUCCUUUGCACGACUACUACAAUCAAACUACCAACUCUGAACAACAGCAAAAGGAGGAUGGUAUGAGGAAAGGAAUGAUUGCUAUACUAAAUCAAACUUUUUCCAAAGUAUCGCAAAAGUAUAAUCUCAGCACUUCUCAAUACGACCAACUAGUUAAAUACGAAACACUAUUGAUUGACUCCUUUUUUCUCAACCAAGAUUCACAGUAUCGUGAUAUGUUCAGCAAAUUUCAUAAACUAUUUUUGAAAAGGAUUAUGAAAAGCGGAAACGAGGAUUUACAAAAGAUUGUUUUACCAAAAUAUUACCUUGCGGAAGUCAAUCAACUAAAGGAUUUGAAAAAAAAGGAGAAAGAGGUUGGAAAUGUGGACUAUGACCCAAUUGAAGAAUUGCUUCUUCAAAGAUGGGCAGAGUCCUUUAUUCACAAAAAUAGCUCAUUGUAA